AAUAGCCUGUUGGAGGUGCCAGAGGAAGGGCAGAGAGUCCGGAACCUCCUCCAGUAGCCCACUGCAUUUUUGUGGAGGAGAAGGCGUUCCUCCCUUUGUAACCAGCUAGUUUUCUGUCCUGAGCAAUCUUUUUCUCCUUUGCCGAACUGUUCACUUGUCUGCAUGAGACUGCGCCUCACCUGUGGCUACAAGGUUCCUUGCUUUAAGAAUGCACUAAGUUGUUUAUAAGAAGACCCCAGACGUGAACUAAAAAUUCCACUAUGUCAAAAGAAAUUAAGGAACUCCAGAAACGAUGGAACUCCAUGAUGGAAAGUGUUCACAGCAACCCUCACGUAGUUGCCUUUAUGAAUUCCCGAGUUGGACGAUACUUGGAUGACCACCCUUUUGUCGCCCUGUCCCUGCUGAUCUUCAUGGCAGCCUCCGCAAUUCCUAUCGCCUUCUUUUUGCUUUUUGUUGCUGUCACAGCUGUCACUGCCUGCGUUGGAGUGAUUCUCAUGGAAGGGCUUUUAAUCUCGCUGGGAGGUGUCACCCUGUUUUGUGUGCUUGGCGGAUUGGGAAUGCUGUCCCUUGCAGUGUCUGGGGUACUGAGUGUUUGCUACGUGUCUCUUACAACUCUGCUGAAUUACUGGCCCGUUCCAAACAGCCUGUCAAAAAAAGAAAUCACGAACGGAAGCGCUUUCUUACCAAGCAGUCCUCCUGACUUAGACCAAGAUGCAGCUAAUAAGAAGAGUGAAUAAAUUGAAGCUUGGAGUCUGUUCUUGGAAAACACCCAGAGCAUUGUUACAUUUUCAAAACAUUUAGAAUGGUAAAGGCUUGGUUUGGCGCUUAUAGAAACCGGAGGGCGAUUUUUCCCUCCUGGCAUUGUUUAUAAUGACUGGACCCUCGUUAAAAGUGUGAGUAACUCUUAUCCAUUUAGGGUACAUCCAUGUCUGCUGGUUUUACAGCUUGUUAAACUUGAGAGUUGGAAAGUCUUAUACCUGGCAGGAGUUAAAACUCAAUUGUGCAGGUAACCAUACUUUUCCAAUUGUGAAAACUUAAAUCCAAGCCUUAAGUUUUCUUAUAUUGUAACAGAAAAUGGAGCUUUUAACAUACAAUAAGUAGAAAAAAGACUGCCUCUUUUAUGAAUGUGGACCUUUUUUAAAAAAUAGCUUAAGCACUUUUGUUCUGUGUUUUAAAUUAUUCAGAAAUGAUAAGCCUAACUUUUUUUUCUUUUUGUGGUAUUGUGAGUUUGUGAGCUCUGCAAAAUACUAACUGGUUCAAUAUUGUGCCUUAUUUUAUCUGUGUGAAUACAUAUAUUUUGUGCCAGGUGUUUCAACACCAUCAAAACAUUUUUUAAAUAAUAACAUUAUUAUAUUAUUGCCUUGCUUCAACUUAUAAUGUUGUUGUCAGAUAAUUAAAAAAGCUUCUGGCUUAUCAA